AUGUUGCCCAAAAAGCGAAAUACUCAUUUAAAAAAAGCUCGACAGGCAAAAAAGUUAAAAUAUUUCAACAAAUCUGAGUCCUCUGUAGUAACAAAUAAUAAUAACAUUGAAGUAGAAUCAGAAUUAAUAUUAAACCAAAAUUUUAAUACAUUAAAUACUGCAAUAUAUAUUCCUUAUGAUUUGUCUGAGUCUGAAUCUAAUGAGUCUGAAUCUGAUGAGUCUGAAUCUAAUGAGUCUGAAUCUAAUGAGUCUGAAUCUAAUGAGUCUGGAUUAGAAUCUGAGAAUUUAUUUCAAGAAUUACAAUAUUCAACUAAAUUAGAAUUUAAAUUGCGACAAGAAUUACAUUCAAAAGUAAAUACACCUACUCAAAAAAUACAACCACAACCAGUUACAACAUCUAAAAUUAAAGAAAUUCGUGAAAAAUUAAAAGAUAAAAAGAUAUCAAAUUAUGAAGAUAAAAAUACAAAACAAGAUGAAAAUACCGGAACAGAAGCAGCUAAGUCAUUAUUAAAUUCUUUAUUAAAUAAGACUAAUAAUUCUGGUCUUAAUUAA